GUCUGGCGUACAGGACUUCGUCCUGAAAGUGCACGGCCAGUUUGUUCCAGGAUUUCACAAGCCAACAGCGCUAAGGUGCGAACCGCUGAGAAGCCAAGAGCAACAAGGGCUGCAAGGACGAUACCCAAACGCUUGGACAAAGGGUUCUGGCGUGGGCGGCGUGGCAGACAUGGGACUGAAGAGCCGUGAAUCCCGGAAUGCGAAGGCCACCGGAGCAAAAGCUUCGAGUUUGGUUACGUGCGGCGCAGCUGGGGCGAUGGUCGUGGCAGAAUCGUUUCCCGUGGAAGUUGGUUACAGCGGUCCCAUUGAAGCUGGUUACAGCGGCCAGUGCGGCCCCAUUCGGAGCAUGCCACCUACCGGCGUGGUGCAACAUGCGGACGGUACGAUAAGCUUCCGGCUGUAG